CUACGACCAACUAACUUCAGCAGGACCGACUUCCAUCGAGCAUUACCGACGGACGCCAUGGACCGACACGGAUCUUACUCGCGAUCAUCAGGAGAGCACCACCGCGGAUCGUCCACAGAGAGAUACAGCGGGCCGUCUGGAGUACCGGCUAGUGGCUCCAGCAGCAUCAGCGGCGGCGCUGGUAGGAACCGAUCCCGUUCACCUAUGGGCGAUUCCUCCUAUGGCAUGCCCUCCUCGGACUUCCAUCGCGAUGGCCACUACCGCGGCAGCAGCUCACAUCGAUCCCCGCCUCAUAUACCAUCGUCCUACUACUCCUCCAGAGAUCACCAUCCAUACUACCGCAGUGAACGAGAUUAUUAUUCCAGAGGAAGCGAGUCUUACCACCCAUACCGACCAUCCCCACCACCACCAAGGUCCAGGCAUGUUAGUGGCGGUUCUCCUGGACACUUGGGACAUGGCGGUCCACCCGGCCGGAUCCCUUCAUCGCACUAUGGCUCCCCAUCAUCGUCGUCCUAUCAGUCACCAUCGCCACAUAACCAACUUCGUCUUCCGCACGCUCACCCCCCUCCUCCACCUGCGCGGAGGCCUGUGCCACAUCAACUGCCCCCACCUCCAGCCUCUUCUUCAGUCUCUAGUCGACCAGUAACUUCUACAUCCAGGGUAGCAUCCCCAUCUGCAGAGGUUGCACGCAAAUCUGGACCUCCACUACCGGCAGUCGAGCGCUCAACGCCAUCGACUGCACCAAAGAGAGCAAGCUUCUCGCCUGGACCAGAGCCCGGCCAGAUUCCUGAGUACGACCUGGACUAUCGGGGGAGGGACAGAGAUAGGGAACGUGAGCGGGAACGAGAACGGGAACGAGAAAGGGAGCGAGACCGCGACCGUGAACGCGAACGAGACCGAGACCGGGAGCGAGAACGAGAACGGGAACGGGAACGGGAACCUUCGAGAGGAGUUACUGGACCGUAUCAGGGCAGACAUUCUUCUGGACCACCUCUUCCAUCGUCAUCAUCGUCAUCCAAUCUUGCGGGCGCUCACUCUUUAUCCAACAUGGCGAACAGUGGCAGUUACAAUGGAAGUCCGUACAAGUCGUCUUCAGGACCAUCACUACCAUCAUCAGCAUCGACCAUGUACAGCAGCCAGAAUGGGCCCGUUGGAGCUGGAGGGGGGUCUACCCAGGGGUCUUCGACUCAACUGACGCCACAACAGCUACUGCAGCAACAGCAACAGCAAAUCAUGAAUGCGGUGGUCGAUGUUACGAAGCUAUCUUGGGCACCCGAGCUUGAGCAAGAGGUGCAGAGAUACCGCGAAGAGCAGAAGAGGCUGAGGGCAGAGGAGGAUCGGCUAAUGGAGGCUCGACGUAAGAGUCGGUUCGAACUCGAACGUGCUAGUUGGGAUGUCGAGCGACAAGAUCAUCUCGUGGGUCUUGUUCUGGGACAGCUGGAGGAACUGGACAAGGAGAUCGAGCGGGAUCAGACUGGUGAAGAGACUUCGACCAUGUCCACGGUCGCAACGACGGGAUCGAAACCCUCGGGAAAUCACUAUGAAAGACUUGAACGACAUGAGCGACACGAGCGGCAUCAGAGGAGUAAUGGCAGCAAGUCGAGCAGUCGGUCGAGCAACAGCCGAGAAGUAAGCCACCAUCAGCGCAGUAGUGCUUCUGGAACAGAAAUCGCCACAACAGUGACAUCGUCGUCGACUGUGGUGGCGUCGGCGGCUUCGCAAUCGCCUUCUACAUCAGCAGCCUCACCUUCAGCCAAUAGCACCGUUGAGUCCACGAUCAUUACCACAUCUACUACAUCUGUUACAACUGUCGCCACUGUUCAACGACUUCAAGAGUAAUCUGUAAUUGUAAAAUAUAAUGAACGAUAGAUCUGACUAGAUGGCGUUUUUUUUUUUUUUUUUUU